AUGGUCAACUUCAACUUUGUUACGUUGCUUGCAGGACUUUGCGCCUCAGCAGCGAUUCAGGAUGCGGUCAAAAGAGAGGUCUCCUCCGAUGGGUGCAAACAGGAACUACCGAGUAACCGAUCAGCUGGGCACGAGUACCUGAUACCCUACAAGGACGAUCAAGGUCAUGACCGAGACUAUUUGCUGUUCAUCCCACCAAAAUACUCCAAAACGAGUCCCAACCCGAUAAUCUUUUCAUACCAUGGAGGAACCAAGACUCCCGAAGAGCAAAGGGAUUUGGAUCUUCUAGAAACGGCGUAUUUCAAUAAGGACCAUAUUGUUGUGUAUCUUCGGGGUUAUGAGGGACGAUGGGAGGGCGUGCCCAAUAUUACACCGCGAAAUGACGUCCUCUAUACCAACACGGUGCUCGACGAUCUUGAGUCGGCAUACUGCAUCGAUAAAUCUCGCGUAUUCAUGACCGGAAAGUCCAACGGAGGUGGCUUCACCAACUUCGCCGCAUGCAACAAACAACUUUCGAUGCGCUUUGCUGCUUUCGCCCCUGUGUCUGGGUCAUACUACAUCGAAAAUGUGACGGACUGCGACCCAAAGACCGUGAAGAUUCCCUGCGACGCUGGCAGGACGAACAUUCCAAUGAUCGAGUUCCACGGCGGCAUCGACGGCACUAUUCCGUAUAACGGCAGCGAUAGUCGACGAGGAGCGUGCUUGCCAGACGUCUUCCACUGGGUCACGGAGUGGGCGGUCCGUGACGGUCUUGGAGAGAAGCCGACUGAGUGCAACAUCACCUCUAGGGCACAGAGGUAUCAAUGGGGUUCAGGAGAUAAGAAGGGGUUGGUGACUCAUGUGUUUGAGAAAGAUGUCGACCACAGCUGGCCUUACACCGGAGCCAAUGACGACAACAAGGCCCACGGAGAUGGUCCGGCGUCGUACAACGCCUCGUCGUACAUCGUGGACUUCUUCUCGAAGCACCCUCUCAAUUGA